AUGGAGGGUGAGCUCCGCGAGUAUGCCAAUGGCCCUUUGUCCAGCCUAUCACUGCCUCAACCAGGAGGAUACCAGGAUACGACUCGGCGGAGGUUGCUGUUGAUCUACAUCCAUGGCUUCAUGGGCUCGGAAGCCAGCUUUCAUAAUCUUCCAGCACAUGUCCAUGACGCUCUGACAGGAUUACUGUCUGAGUCGCAUGUGGUAUACACCCGCAUCUAUCCUCGAUACAAGUCUCACGGUGAGCUCCAAGCGGCCGUAAAUCAAUUCAGUUCCUGGUUAUCGCCGCAUGAGGCAAAAGAUCUAGAUGUCGUUCUGCUAGGCCAUAGUUUAGGCGGAAUUCUGGCUGCCGAUGUUGCUCUUCUCCAGCUCAAUGGGCAACCAAAACAUCGGAUAUUGGGACUCGUAAACUAUGAUGUCCCCUUUCUAGGCUUACAUCCGCGUGUUAUACCCACUGGAAUCACCAGCUCAAUCCCAAAAAAAGAUAUCGCAGCCGAAGAUCAAUUAGCCGGGGAGCAAGAAUCCCUUGGCUUAACUCCGGCCUACAAGGCCGCGACUCCCAGUCCCAAUUUCGAUCCUCCAUUUCGAAACGAUGUACGCAUUGUUGAACGAGGCUUUUUAAAAGGGAUAAUGCACUUCGUGAACAAAAAUACGGACAACCUAUCGCGAUCAAUAUUUGACCGCCUCGUAUCGCCAAUGAAGUUUGCUGGCUGCGUCAACAACUACUCUGAACUUCGCCAACGACACAAAUGUUUGAUAGAUUUAGAAUCUGCAGAGUAUAGCCCCGAUAGAGUACGGUUUGUUAAUUACUAUACAACAAGUACAGGCCGACCAGCACGGAAACCCAAAGCAAGUCCCACAAAGGAGCAAGAAGACAUCGACGACUCGAAAGGAAUAUUAUCGGGUCCUUCUCUGGAAAAUUUACAGACAUUAAAAACUGAUUCAGAGCCGAGCGAUACUACCUUUACAGAAAAUCUCACGCUGGAAGAAGAGAGUGUCAAAUCUAUUGCUUCGGGCUCUACCUUGACGGUCGAAGGCGUGAAUUCUGAUAAAGAACGGCCAUCUACGGAUACAACUAAUUCCAAAUCCGCAAGUACCGAGUUUCCUUCCUCGGCUGACGACAGGGAAAGUCAACAUCUAUCAGAGCCUGUUUCUCUCGCAACUUCAGAAUCCGAUCUCAGUUCAGAGACGUCUAAACAGAAACUUCGCAAGUUCAUACUGCUGCCAUCCCAUCAUUGGAAGUACAAUGAUAACGCCCACUGGAUGCCAAUUUUGAUGGAAGACAUGGAUGAGGUCACUGCACACCAAUCGAUGUUUAUGCCACAGAGUACACAUUACAGCUACCUUGUUGGCGAUACGGUCGCCCUUAUUGAGCAAUGGGUCCAGACUGACCUCAGUCGACGGUUACUCCAGGAGAGCCUUGACUAA